CACCAAAAAAAGGGUUUUUUUUUGGGUGUGUUCGAGCUAUCUCUCUAUCUCAUUCUCUCUUUGCUCUCUAUCUGUAACUCUCUCUCUCUCUCUCUCUCUGAUCAUCCAUGGCUGACAAGACCGACUUCGAAUCUCGCAACAACCAGAUCUCCAAAGAUGUGCAUGGAUCUGACAAUUCUGUUCCACUUUCACCACAGUGGCUUCUUCCGAAGCCGGGGGAGAACAAGUCUGGAAAUGCAACUGGGGAGAACAAUUUUACCCCAAAUCCAGGUUAUGCCAGUCUUUCAGAUGUGAUGAAGUCAUCGGGAAAUGGUGAGGAGAUGCAUGAUACCCAGAAGAAAAAGGAUGUUUUCAGGCCAACUGUGCUUGACAUGGAUUCUGGUCGCCGUGACCGCUGGCGUGACGAGGAAAGAGAGACCACCAAUUCCUCCAUCCGUAGGGAUCGUUGGAGGGAGGGAGAUAAAGAGUCUGGGGACACCCGUAAGGUGGACCGGUGGAUGGAUGGCACUUCUGCAAGGCAAUUUGGAGAAGCACGCCGUGCCCCAUCUGAGCGGUGGACUGAUUUGAGUAACAGAGAAACUAAUUAUGAUCAACGUCGUGAGAGCAAAUGGAACACACGUUGGGGCCCUGACAAUAAGGAGGCAGAUAGCUUGCGUGAUAAGUGGAUGGAUUCUGGCAAGGAUGCUGACAUGCCUGUUGAUAAAGGAUUCUCUCAUCUUACUCAUCAUGCGAAGGAUGAGAUAGAGGGGGACCAUUAUCGUCCAUGGAGAUCUAACACCCUCAAUCGAGGAAGAGUAGAGCCUCCCCAUCACCAAACUCCAACGCCAAACAAACAGGGCUCUACAUUUGCCUAUGGUCGAGGACGUGGUGAAAAUCCUCUACCAACCUUUUCGCAUGGUCGGGGAAGGGUUGGCCCUGGUGGAAGCUCUAUGAAUACUAUUCAUUCUCAGUCUUUUGGAACCCUCUCAGAAAAGGGUGAAAUUGGCCAUGGAGAGCCUUCCCCUUUAAGAUAUAGUAGGACAAAAUUGCUUGAUGUGUACAGGAUUAACGAUACAGGGUCUUGCCAGAAAUUUUUAGAUGGGAUUGUGCCUGUGCCUUCCCUUACACAAGAAAAACCAUUAGGGCCUCUGGCAUUUUGUGCACCUACUUCUGAUGAAUUGGUUAUUUUGAAGGGAAUUGAUAAAGGGGAUAUAGUAAGUAGUGGUGCACCUCAGAUUUCUAAGGAUGCAUCCAUUGGAAGAAACUCAAAUGACUUUGUGCAAGCUAGACGACCCAAGUUUGGUAGUAGAGAAGAUUUGCCGCUUGCUGUUGAUGAUUAUAAAGGUGAAAAUGUUGAGAAGCAGAUGUAUAAUGAAGCCUCAAUUGAAGAUGGCGCUCGUUAUAGGACUGAUGAGGUGCCCAUCAAUAUGGAAUCAAGUGUGCAGGGAAAUGCAUCUUUUCAUCCUAGCACAGCAUGGAGAGAGAUUCCUACUGAUGGCAGGUCAGGAACUUCUGACAUUGGUUGGUUACAAUCACAGAAAGAUCUGAACAAAGAAUGGGGAAGUGGUUUGGCAAACCUGUCUUCCCCCAAAGAUGAAUCUAAAUGGCAGCUCAGUGAGGAUUCAAUUAUUAGAAGGCAGCCGUCUGCAGUCCUGGACAGGGAAUCGGAAACCAGGAAACUUUCACAGCCUUCUCCAGAGGACCUUCUGCUUUAUUAUAAAGAUCCACAGGGUGAAAUUCAAGGCCCUUUUGCUGGGAGCGAUAUUAUUGGGUGGUUUGAGGCUGGAUAUUUUGGCAUAGAUUUGCUGGUGCGCGUUGCAAAUGCACCACAUGAUUUGCCAUUUUCAUUGCUUGGUGAUGUUAUGCCGCACUUACGAGCAAAAUCCCGACCUCCACCUGGAUUUAAUGCACCAAAACAGAAUGAAACUGUACCUGCAUCGAGUAGGUCAAACUUCAGCGACUUUGGAAAGCUUCAUGCAAGUUCGAGUGAGAUUGAUAUGAUGAAGGCUGAACAAAUAUAUAAACAUGGUUCAACAAAAGAAGCUGAAAAUAGGUUUUUGGAGUCCCUCAUGUCUGGUAAUACGAGUAAUAUGAGCACGUCUCCGCGUGAGAAGUUUGCUUUCUCUGAAGGUAUGCAGGGCUAUAUUGGAAAUAAUUCUAGUGGUAUGCCCCCCUUGGGAUUGGAAAGUGGUGACAAUCUGUACCUCUUGGCGAAGAGAAUGACGCUUGAACGGCAGAAUUCUCUGCCAAAUACUUAUCCAUAUUGGACCGGAAGGGAUGCAGCUCCAAUGGUUUCGAAUUCAGAUAUUGUCCAUGACUCCACUCCUCCACAUUCAAAUCUUCUAUCAUCAAUUGGUGAUAAUCCUCGCCAGCAGCCUCAUUCGCAGAAUUUGAUGUCCAUCCUUCAAGGCUUACCUGACAAGUCUCCAGUUAGCCUCAAUAAUGGAGUUGGUGGUUGGUCAACUUUCCCAAUCCAGGGUGGCUUGGACCCUCUUCAGGAAAAGCUGGACUUGCAUCAUAGCCCAAAUUUCCCUCCCCAAGCUGCAUUUGGGAUGCAACAACAAAGGCUGCAACCACAGAAUCAACCCUCUUUAACAAAUUUACUAGCUCAAAGUGUUGAUAAUUCGUCUGGCAUUUUAACCCCUGAGAAGCUACUAUCUUCUGGUAUCUCUCAAGAUCCACAAAUUUUAAGUUUGUUGCAACAACAAUACUUGUUGCAGUUACAUUCCCAGGCACCAGUUCCAUCUCAGCAGAUGUUACUAUUGGAUAAACUCCUGUUGCUUAAGCAGCAGCAGAAACAGGAAGAGCAACAACAAUUGUUGCGGCAGCAACAUCAAUUGCUCUCUCAGGUGCUUUCAGAUCAUCAUCCUCACCAGCGUUUUGCUGAGCAAUCCUAUGGACAGUUACAGGCUUCUGCAUUGCCAGCAGUAAAUGCUUUUGCAGAUCAUUCUAGGUUUCAGCCGUCACAAGAGUUGUUUCAGAUGGGUUCACAGAUACCAGUUCCAAAUUUGCAAGAUGAUCACAUAUCUAAUUUUGUUAAUUUGCCUCCCAGUGUUUCCCAGGAUGUCAGUCAUAAUGUUGGUUCUGAAGCUUCUUCUAUACAUUUGCCACAUCAAUUGUUUGGGAAUAGUGUCCACCAAAAAGGUUGGGGUAGUGCUCUGCCAGAACAAAUUGAUGACAUUUUACAAAAUGUUUCUUUGCCACCAUCAACUGUGAUUGAUAGCUUAUCCCAAUAUGAGGUGGUUGAUAAAUCUCCACAGGAGCCGAUAUCACAAAGCCUUUUGAGAAUCAAUGAACCUGUCACAGUUACGUCCGAGGCUUCUGUGGAGACUUUGGAACAUCUGGGAAAAUCUGUUGCAGUAGAUGCAGUGGGGAAUUUUGAGAAUCAAAUUUCAUUGUCUGAGCAAGUAAAUGAACUGAUAGUUCCGCCUACAAUUGCUCUUGAGGAAGCAUAUGUUGAAGGAGAACAAUGCAAUGAAGAGGCCUCUGCAGUGAAAGAAUUGAAAAAUGUUGAAGUGCGUGAAGUAAGAAAAGCUUCUGAGAGGAAGUCAAGAAAGCAGAGAUCCUCCAAGGCACAAUCUUCCGACCAAGGGAAGGGAGUUUCUAAAGCACCCUCUUUGCAACAAUCAAAGCCAUCUGAAACUGAAGUUUCUAAUAUUGCAGACGUGAAGAAUGAAACACACAAUGAUCUCGAAGAAAUAUUUCAUGGAACAUCUGCACAAGAAACUAGAGAAAGUAAAUCGGAAGUUGGUACGGUUGAAAUCGUGGAUGCUCAACAAGUAAAAAGCUCAUUGCCUAUAGGUGCAGUCAGAGAUGGUGAGUCUGUGGAGGCAAAGGGUGAUUCCAGACCAGUUGGCCCUGCCUCACCGCUUAGUGCACAAGUACUUACUGGACAACGAGCUUGGAAGCCUGCUCCUGGUUUCAAGCCAAAAUCACUAUUGGAAAUUCAACAGGAAGAACAGAAAAAAGCGCAAACUGAAAUGGCAAUUUCAGAGAUAUCAACGUCUGUUAAGUCAACUAGUUUUUCUACACCUUGGGCUGGGGUUGUUGCCAAUUCAGAUCAUAAGACAGACACAGGUAGUGCUGAGUCAAAUUUGGGGAAACCUGAAAGUGCUAUAAAUCAAAAGAGCAAGAAGAGCCAAUUACACGAUCUUUUGGCUGAAGAAGUUACAACAAAGGUUAAUGAAAGAGAUAUGGAGGUUCCAGACAGUGUUUCUGUACCAGUUAUGAGUGCUCAAUUGGAUUCAGUUGAUGACGACGACUUUAUUGAGGCUAAAGACACUAAAAAAAAUCGUAAAAAGUCUGCAAAAUCUAAGGGGAUUGGAGCUAAAGUUUCGGUGCCAAUUGCUUCAGCUGAUACGUCUGUUGGAUCAAGUCCCACUGAGAAAGGCAAGGGUUCUCGCCUGGUAAAGCAGGAGAAGGAAGUGUUACCUGCAGUCCCUUCUGGUCCUUCUUUUGGAGAUUUUGUUCUCUGGAAGGGGGAGUCCACAAACAACCCUCCCCCUGUGCCAGCAUGGUCCACUGACUCUGGCAAACUUACAAAGGCCAAAUCAUUGAGGGACAUCCAAAGGGAACAGGAAAAAAAGGUUUCCUCUUUGCAACAAACUCCAAUUCCAACUCAGAAGUCACAGCCAACUCAGCCCUCCCGUGGAACUGGCCCUUCCUGGUCGCUUUCUGCAUCAUCUCCAGCCAAGGCUGCUUCUCCCAUACAGAUUGUUUCCCAUGCUUCUGCUCAAUCGAAACAUAAAGGAGAUGAUGACCUAUUCUGGGGUCCUUUAGAUCAGCCAAAGCAAGAAGUGAAGCAGUUGGAUUUUCCUCAUCUUGCAAACCAGGGCAGUUGGGGAACUAAAAACACCCCUGUGAAAGGAACUCUUGGAGGGUCAUUGGGCCGACAGAAAUCUACGGGUGGCAGACCUGCCGAACAUUCUCUUUCAUCAUCACCUGCCUCUGCUCGGUUGUCCCUGAAAGGGAAAAAGGAUGCCAUGACCAAGCAAUCAGAGGCCAUGGACUUCAGAGAUUGGUGUGAGAGCGAGUCUGUCAGGCUUAUCGGGACAAAAGAUACAAGUUUCCUGGAAUUCUGUUUAAAGCAAUCCAGAUCGGAGGCCGAGAUACUUCUGACAGAGAACCUUGGCACAUUUGAUCCUGACCAUGAGUUCAUUGACAAGUUCCUGAACUACAAGGAGUUGUUAUCUGCCGAUGUUCUUGAAAUCGCCUUCCAAAGUCAGAAUGAUCGUAAGCCCGACGGAUUUGGUGCGGGAGAUAUGAAUUCUGACAAUGCAGGUGGUGGUAUUUGGGAUUCUGAACCAAUGACGGCUCAUGAUGGGUCCAAAGCGGGGGGAGGGAAGAAGAAGGGGAAGAAAGGGAAGAAGGUAAUGAGCUCAUCAGAUCUGGGAUUUAAUAUUGUUAGCAACCGGAUCAUGAUGGGAGAAAUUCAGACUCCAGAAGAUUAGGAAGGGUACUUUGUAAAUACAUUUUAGUAUAGAAGUAACUGUCUGUAAAUGGUUUUUACUUGGGAUUAUUUUUUGUUAUCCUCCAUAGAGCCACAGCACCACCACUACUAAUUUGAUCUGCCCAGGCAAUUUUGUGAAGUAAUAUUUAACGUUAGAGCGUUGUUAUUUUGGUAAUAGAACUCGAGUGGAGUUUCAAUCGUAAAUCAGUUUAACCUUUCUUCUUGUUA